AUGACUGAGGGACAAACUCUUUCCAACGGCCCAAGCAUCCAGAUGAAGGACGACAUCCCUGAAAUUUUUGAACGAAACCACUCAUCAUCCCGAGUCACUGACUUUGCUUGCGUGUUUGCGAGUUGCGACAUUCUUACCCCGGCAUCUCAUCUUACUUUAACUGCCGUUGCGACCUCCAUGCAGCAGCGCAUUCUCCGGGAAGGGUGUGAAGAGCUUCAGCAGUCUGGAAGUCAGUUUCCUCAGCUCAACCGGCGGAAACCGAGCAUCGAGUACGGGAACACAGCAGGUUUGGGUAUCUUGACUCGUGUGCUUGGAAAGACACGAAUCAGUGUAUUCUACCUAAGCUUUCGAAGAAGAAUGCGGCCUCAAGAACUGGCCAACAACCAUGAAUCUUCUUUGACACCCGCAUGCUGCUUGACAACGGAUUUAUCCAGCGUAGCCGGCUUGGCGUCGAAUCAAUCUGCAAACGAUGAAGAGGGUGAGAGACUUCUCUGUACGGAGGGAGGAGACAAGAUCCACACCUUCACCGGUCACCCAAAUUGCCAUGUCUUUGAGUGCCAUGUGCUUCACCUCUGCGGGCUACGCCGGACGGCGCCGUUGGGCCAACCGAUGAAGCCUUUCAUUGCCAAUGUCGCUUGGCUGAAGGCCGUUAGAGUGGCCCGAACCGGCGUGUACUGCCAGAAGUUCACAACCCAACUUGACAGAGGUCAUCUUGGAAAGGCCGAGUAUUUCGUACAGUCCCGAGAGACUAGACUGGAAAUCGGGACGAAGCGUGUGUUAGUGUUGAUGCCCCAUCGUCAUGAUGAGCGAGCUCACAUGCACACUUUCCUGUACAACAUACAGACUCUCACCCCUCACCCCCCUAAACACUUCUUCUCACAUAUCCCACGCAGACACACGCGCGCGCCUCACAUGUACCUCGAAUCAUUGAUGUGCCAUGCCGACGCCCAAGACAUUUUCGAAAGCCCUGCACCAAACGCCCCUGUCGCACAGAGCCCAACAGCCAGAUAUAUCAUUAUCGUAUCUGUAAUGCUUCUGCUCUGCUGUACAAUUGCGCUGGACGGUGCCCGACCCAUUUUCUCUCAUCAGCUGAGCUGCGAUACGAUGCACGGCAUCCCAACUCCCAGCAGCCGCAUUUACUUGAAUGAGAGGCAGCCCAUUGUCCCAUGGUCCUGUGUGCCCAACUUGGUCUCUGGCGUGAAAUCGCCAAUGCCCACUUACACCCCACGACGCAAAACCUCACCUCACACCCCCCCACCCCCCUCCCUCUCCCUUCUUGAUCCCACGUUCUCCCACGUCGGGCAGGUCGAGCUGUUCCAAGUUCCGAAGCACCAAAAGACAGCCACCACGCUACUGCUCGAGAAAGGCGUGGUGGCUUGCGGGACCCUAGAUGCCCAAAUACGUGCCACGAGCCAACCUGGAUUCGGGUCCCACGAAACGUUCUCUCACCCCACGCCAACAACCCCGUCUGAUGCCGUGGGAGUCGCUCCUUCGUCCGGGACCCUGGCACUCCCACUCGUUCUACACCUGAUCCCUCACCGAGGACGUCUAGUCUGUAAUACCGUGUCAUGUAUCGUUUGCGUGCAACCCAAAUUCGACCCGUUUGCUCACGGUCAAACGCAAGGCCCGGACAGCGUAACAGAACCCAAAAUUGCCCGACAUCACCAUCUCGCUAUCCUGAUUCCCCUAUCACUUGCCUCAUUUCCCACCGGUCCCAUUGUUCAUAAGCUCGAGGACGGCGGGCCACUGCAGUGCAGCUUCACCGGUCAAUCCUCCUCGCGCUCGCUCACUCACACACACCCUCGCUCCUCUCUCUGGUCCCUCCCACACGUUACAGCACUAAGCACAUCAAGCACCAACCCUGUGACCCCCUCUCCACUCUUCCCUGUCAAGCCCUGUCGUGUCUCGCCUUGCAAUGAAUGGUAA